UAUAGUAUGAAUAGGUCGUUUUAUAAGAUAAUCUUUCAAUUAUGCAUAAUACAUGUAGUCACAGUAAGUCACUUAUAUGGGGUCAAAACCUUGCAUUGUGCUGCUAUACAGCAAGACUGUGGACCAUUAUUACAAUGUUUAAGCAACGCACAGCUUUUAAAAGAAACGCUAACCCCAGAAUCUUAUCAGGUGUAGGUUAUUCGAUACGCCCAGAGUCCCACGCGGGUGGGUUGGCUUACCCCGCACAAUAUCUGCCUUCUACCGCCCGUAACACAACGCCUUACGACACGCAACGGGAAAGUACGCUGGCGGUCGCGGGACAUGGCAACCGUGUUUGUGGUCGGAGGGACUGCACGACAGACAAUUGAGGAACAAGAUUAACAGCUAGAGGAAAUUCUGAAGCAUGUCAGAGAGCACCACCUAUCUUCCAGAUAAGGUACUGCAGCAACAGCCACCUGUUGGAUUCUACGUUGAAAUUCUACAUACAAAUCUGUGAUGAGAAGAGACCUCUAUCAGCUGACUGUGGAACUGCAGCUUGGAAGACAAUCCUUGCCUCCACUAGUAGUAGCAUGCGACCUGCCACCUCGUGACCAAUCAGCAUCGUCGGUUCAUUGCCAUGGCAACGACCAUGUUCCAACGACCACGCGUAGAAGAUGGACUGUCUGAUGAGGACAGUCGGGAAGUCUUUCCCUUCGGCGAUAGUCUAUCGCCACGACAACUGUACUUCCAGCCGAACUCCACGGCGAAGUCGUCGUUCCUGAGCGACGAAUAUUCGCGGAAGUCGCUGCGAGAACACUCGGCGCCGACGGAGGGCAACGAAAAGGUCGGCGUGUUGGAGAGAAGACUGUCGCUGAACCUUGACCCCAAGAUUUCGAAGGAAGUGGUGAGGUUCUCAGAGGAAAAGGCAGCCGGACUAAGGAACUCAAAAGGUGAGGAAUGGAGUGUUUCUUUAAGACAUCGGCUGGAGGAAGACCUGGACCGGCAGGUGAGGGAGGCCCUGGACACGCCCCCUCUCAUCCGUAUCCGCCGUAACCACGAGAAAGCGCGGAGAAAACUGCAGAACCUGUGGGGAACCCUGUCUGAUGAGGAUGAACAGGACAGGCUGAAGGACGGCGACGGUGGCCACGACAACGGUAACCAUGGUGAAAACAAAGACGAUGAAGACAAAGAAGAUGAGUUAAGCAGGGUGGACAUGGCGGCCACAGAAAUCCGCGCCAAGGCUCGGCACCGGAGAAAACCUCUCCAUAUCGCACUACAGCGCUUCCAACGCUUACAGAGAUCGAAUUACGAUGAGUACCCAGGUGUCUUUGGACUGGAGAGAAGUAUUGAAGAAGCGCUGGCAGAGGAAGCGGAGGAAAAGAAGGAAGAAAAGAAAGCUUUGGAGGAGGAGAAAGAGAAGGAAGCGUCCGAGUGCUAUCAACCGUCGCCGAGUUUACACCUGUCUCCGCGUGCAAUAAGGAUCGAGAUGUUUAAGGGUUACACCAGGAAUGGCUUCAAACAACUUCUAAUGACGGGUGGAAACUCAAAACACUUAACAAGAAUAAAGAGCGGAAUCUACAUGGACAGGAACGGCAUCAUUGUGACCCGGGAUGGCCCCUUCUGGCCAUCGGAGCACGGUCCCCUGCUGCCCACCCCCCGCUUCAUUAGUGUAUCACCCCUGGAACCUGAACAACUCAUGUCUGCAAAAGACUUUUUCCAGCAUCGAACGAUUAACGACAACGAUCCGUCGCGGUUCCCGCGCCAGUGGCGAGGGAAGGUUGUCGUGUUUGACAGCGAGAGGAUGGCGAAGGGACAGGUGCCGCAUAACGUGCCGGAGGGCUGCUGCCCUAGCCUCUCGUUCGAGUCCAGAUUCGAAUCAGGGAACCUUCGGCAAGCAAGGAGAAUAGGGCAGUAUGAGUAUGAGUUAGUGUUGAAGACAGACCUGUACACGUCCAGACACACACAGUGGUUCUACUUCAGGGUACAGAACGCCCUGCCUGGAAUCACAUACAAGUUCCAGAUAGUCAACCUGCUGAAGAGGGACAGUCUCUAUAAUUAUGGCAUGCGCCCCCUAGUGUAUUCUGAGAGAAUGGCAAGAGACAGGACGAUAGGCUGGCACAGAUCUGGGCACCAUAUUAGUUAUUACCAGUUCUACAACACCAGCAGGAACCCACUCUUACAACCAGACAUCAACUACUUCUGUCUCGAGUGGCAGAUGGAAUUCCCGUAUGAAGAAGACACGUACUACCUGGCCCACUGUUAUCCCUACACCUACACGGACCUCAAGGAACACCUGGACGACCUGUGCAAUACUGAGGAGACAGGCCGGCACGUGAGGAGAGACGUCUUGUGUGAGACACGAGCCGGAAACAGCUGCUUUCUCCUUACCAUAACAGAAUUCCCAGAUGAGGAGUCGAAGUUGAACCUUCGUCAGGCGUGUCACCGUGGUAAGAAGGGCGUGGUGGUGUCAGCGCGGGUUCACCCUGGGGAGACACAGGCCUCGUGGAUGAUGAAGGGACUACUGGACUUUCUCACGGGGGAGUCAGAAACUGCCAAGGAGUUGAGACACAACUUCAUCUUCAAGAUCGUGCCGAUGCUGAACCCAGACGGCGUGAUCGUGGGGAACUAUCGCUGCUCGCUGGCGGCGCGGGACCUGAACCGGAACUACCGCAACCCUCGCAAGGAGAUCUUCCCCACCGUGUACUGUGUCAAGGAGAUGACAGAAAACUUCAAGAGAGAGCACGAGAUCAUUGUGUACUGUGACCUUCAUGGCCACAGCCGGAAGCCGAACGUGUUCAUGUACGGGUGUAACUCCCUCCAGGGGAGAAUGGGGCUGGACGGAGCCGAGGUCUUCAUCAACGAGAGACUCUUCCCCUGGCUCAUGGCACAGAAGGCGCCAGACAAAUUUGCGUUUGGUGGCUGCAAGUUCCAAAUCAAGAAGUGUAAGGAGUCUACGGGUCGUGUGGUGAUGUGGAGGACUGGGAUCAUGAACAGCUUCACCAUGGAGGCCACCUUCUGUGGGACUGAGAAGCUUGGCAGUGGACCUCCAAGACACUUUAACAUUAAGGACUUCCAAGACAUCGGCAAGACGUUUUGUGAGGUGGUGCUGGACUAUGUCAAAGCCAAGGAAAACAAGAGUAAACAGUCAGCGAUGAUCCUGGACCUGACACGGCACAUCACCCACAUGAUCCUGCAGAAACGCGACAUGAUGCCGGCCAAUCAGCCGGAGCUUAACGAGAACCUCAGCGACAACGAAGAACUCAGCGAUGACGAGGAAAAAGAGAAAGAAGAGAAACCAUCCAGUAAACCGUCGUCCAGUAGUGACAGAGAAACCAGCAAACCCAGCACCAAGUCAACCAAGCCGGGAAAGGAGAAGAAAUCCAGGGCCGCUCCAAAAGCCGUUCUCCCUCCCCAUCUGCUGGAGAGUCCAGAGUACAAGGAUGAGAAGGGACAGGUGGAUGUCAAUAAGAUGAUUGAAGCCAUGUCAACAGAGACAAUAGAGGGGUGCAUCCGGUUACUGGAACAGCUGGAAGUCACCAAAACUUUAUCAGAAUCAGAUACAAGUGAAGACUCGGACAGUGAGUCAGAGCCAGAGAUGAAGGAUCCUCCCAAGAGGAAGAAGAAGAAGAAGAAACAGAAGCGGACCAAGUCCCUGUCUGCCCUCCCGGCCAUGAACAAUGUGGAAGACAAGCAGAAACGCAACAAAACUACGGACAAAACAAAGAAGAUUCCAAAGACAAAGUACCAGGAUAUUCCCGAUCUGAGAAACUUCCAGAGGAAAACGUCGGAACGGGAAUGUAUCUACCUGGAGCCUGUCCAUCUGGAAAUCUACCCCAAUUCCCGCGUCGUCUGUAGCAGGGGACAUUCCCGAAUGUCGUCCAGAGAAGCCUGCGCCCACUGUCGUAAGUCACGUGACCACCAGCCGCUCAAGUACUGGUCACAUGAUCGCAAGCCAAUCAAAUCUCCCUAUGAGCUGAACUGCUACCCGUUCAAGAAGAUGAAAAAGAAGAACAGCAAGUUCCAAGCUCCUGAUUGGUCAGGGCAGAAGAUAGACGUCUCUGAUUGGCUGGAUAAAAGGCCGGAUACCCGGAAGCUCAGGAUGACUCCAUCCUCUCCAUCUGUUUUGUCUUGUGAAGAGGUUCAGAACUUGAGGUGUCUUGGCAGAAGGCAUCUUGGAGUGGUACUGAACUCUCGCCAUCAGCCAAAAGAAGAGAAACUCUCAAGAAAAGACCAAGAUGGACUGCCUACGUCUCAAGAGGGUGGUGAAGACAUUUCACAAGAAGAUGUGCAGACGUCUUCCAAGGUCUCCUCCACAAGUGGUGAAACUGAAAGCUUGGGGGACUCUGAGUCUGGACAGAGUUCGUCAACUUCGAAGAAACAAGUCAACAUUGCCCAAGAUGCAGCUCCUACUGUCUUGAGAAACUCUUCACAACAAAACCACGGUGUCUACAAGGAGAAGAAGUUUCCACAAUCUUUAAUCCUUGAAGGUCAACCUGUGGCUUCUCAAGAAAGAUCUACAGGGCAGUCUAAGGUCAGGGAGCCUCCAAGUGUUCCUCCUGUGCCCCCUAACACUGCAGAAAUGCUGGCACUGUGUCCUACACUGACAACACAAGAACUGUUGGGUUAUGAGGAAUGUUUGUACCCAGAUUCAAACCCAAAUACCUUGAAUGGAAAGUUUCAAACUCAAACUCAACACUGGGAAGAUAGUGCAACACACAUAGAAGCUUCACUGCCUUCAGAACCAGACAAGAAGUUGAGUCAUGACAAGAAAGAUUCAAAAACAGUUCUAAGCAAGAAGACGGGUUUGGGAUCUGUUUCUCUUUCAACCUCAGAGCCUUUGCAGCCUUCAGAACCAGCCAAGAAGUCAAGAGCUGACAAGAAAGAUGAAAAAUCAGUUGUAAGACUGAAGGAAGGUUCAAGGCCUGUUCAUGGUUCAGGAGCUCAAAGUAAAUCAGUCGGAGUACAAGCUGCAAACUUUCCUUCAUCGGAUGUUGAUGCAAUGGAAAAACGCAACUCUGUGUCAAACAAGGAUGAAAGCUCUGGAAAGAAAGAAAAGGACUCAGAAAGUGUUCACUGGAACUGGAAGGAAUAUUCAGGCUACGAAUGGGAUGCUACAACGUGGCCCGAAAGCGCAGCAUACGAAUAUGCUGCUCAGGAUAGUUGCGCUGAACCUGCUGCGUGCGAAUGUGGGGCCGCUUUCUGCUCGGGCUGUGCCACACCGCCAACUACAAAUGUGAAGAUUCCGAAGUACCCGCCAUUCGUGAAUCGCUACGCGAACCGGAGUAACCACGGUAUUCCCAUCUUCUCACAGGAGAGGCUGCAGGAAAGGGCACAGAAGUCGCUAGAAAAACAAAAGGCUGCUCUCAGACUGCGGAGGUAUCUGAAAGAACAGAACUUUCCCUCUGGUUCUUGGACAUGUAGAGUAGAGGAGAAAGAGAAGACGAGACAGGACGACAGACAACCGACUGCCAACGUUUAUUAUGCUGAUGAGGAUAACUACAAGCGCUUCCAGUCCUGGAUGUCUAUGAGCCGAGCGGUCCAGGCACAGAAGCAGAAAAGCUCACAGGACAUCCGCAAUACCUUCAGACUGGCACUGUCUGGUCAGCCGGAUGUGUUUAAACACAGCUACACACAUGCAGGUUCCAUGCCUCCCGUGUCUCUCCAGGCAGAACAGCUGGUGCACAUCGGACCUGAGAUCAGAUCUGUGGAACCCAGACUGAACCAGGCAGCCUACCCUGUCAACAAACCUUUCACCACUGAAGACAGUGAGUUCAGUGUGAGUAGUGAUGACUCUGAGAACCAGAGGUUUAAGAUCCCCAUGGCAGACUUGAAGAGCCCCUACCAACGGGACAUCUUUCCUCAACAGUGGGGGGAGGGCCUGGCAGCGAGGCCACCUACCCAUGGAAGAAGAGCCGGUGUGUCCCCACGAGCGCCAGCUGACCAGAACCAGGUGAUCAGGGUCCGGCUCACGACGCGGCCGGAACAGCGCCUGCCAUCCGUGGACCGCCUGGGCAGCGGGAGUUCCAGCGGGAAGGACACAGCCAAGGACAACGUGCUGUCCAGGCCAGGCAGACAGCCGGUGGUCAGCAGGAACAUCAAGUCAGCGCUGAGUAACGAUGUUCUACAGAGCAUGGCAGAACUCACACAUUCCAUGUUUCCACGACAACCCGAGGGGCUCCUCCCGGCCAGGGGUCAGGGGUCAGUGGACCAGACAGAGGUGCUGUUAGAGAGAUGGAAACUACGGGGGGACAACCAGAUGCCAACCAGUCCCAGGAAGUCCAAACCGCCAAGCUUUCAACCACUGGGGGAGUAAAGAACACCCCCAACACGUAAUGGUGCAGUCCAGUAUUGCCACAAGUCCCUUGUACCCUUGCCAUACUUGUACAUAAUUAUAUAACAAUGAGGCCACAACAAUUUAAUUUCUUGGUUAAUAGAUUUUUGUAGAAAAA